AUGGCUUCCACUACAGAUGCCCCCGGGAACGCUACGUCCUUCUUGGGCGAAAACUCGGCAGCGUCUUACCUGCGUCAGAUGGGAGGAGCCGAGAGCCACAUUGCAAGGGACAUUGUGCCCGCCCUGGGGCUCCGCAACACCCGCGCCCAAUAUCCCUUCAUCAAUGCCGAGACCGAUGAUGAAAAGAGCCGCGAGCUUGCCAAGGUCCUCCCCACCCACGGCGAGAUUCUCAGCUUCUAUCAUGUUUACCGUGCCAUCGCCUUUCCGCUUGCACCUCUCAUUGUCGACAUCGAGGACUUUGAAUCACGUCUGGCCGAUUAUCUCGAGAAGCUGGCCGGCAGCACUCCCACCCGCCUCGUUGUGACGAAUGAAAGGGAGGAGGCUGCCCGAAUCGCACUUCUGCUUGCCACACUUGCAGCUGGCGCCCAGUAUUCCGAGAGAGAUGCCCAGGAAAGGCGGAGAAUAUCCAGGGACUUCGCCAGAAGAUCAUUCCACGCACUCCGCCUUGCCAAUUUCCUUCUCCGACCGCUACUCACCAGCCUCCAAGCCUUGUUGAUCCUCGGUACCUUUCUGCAGAACGACGGCAACGCCGACGCCGCCUGGGCCAUGAGCGGAACGACCAUGCGCCUGGCCCAAAGUCUCGGUCUCCAUUCCGAGUACGGCACGGCAGAGAACAUUCCAGACAAGGAGAAGGUCACACGGAGCAAGCUAUGGUUGACCAUCGCUCAGCAGGACUGCGUCCUGUCCCUCUGCUUUGACCGGCCCACUGCUUUGGCAUACAUGCCGUUUGUCAGCUGCGACACGAUCGGGUCCCAUCAGCCAAACAACUUUCAACAAGUCAUGUGGGACAUGUCCAAGAUUGGCCUCAGGCUCUUGGCCAGACGAACAUCCUCCGACGCCAACAUAGAGAACAUUCUGGAAAAACUGCAGGAACUUGAUCAAGUCAUGGUCCAGGCGGCGCCGCACCUCCGAAACAAGUCUGACUGCACUACUUUGCAGGAAAAAGUCCAGCAUUUCCUUGUUUCACAGCAUCGCUCAUUUGCAAUUUCUGCCGUUUGCCGGCCGACUUUCAAGAAGCUUCAGCGCAUCGACAAUGACUCGACAUUCUUGCAUAUUCUAUCUACUGGGAAGAAUGCUCUUGCGCAGACAGUGAAGUCGUUCUUGGACCUCCACUCGAUGAGCGUAUACCCCACACGCUCAUGGACCAGCAUCCACGAAGCUCUCAGCUCCGCUCUGCUACUGACCAUUCUCGGAGAAACGAGAAAGUCUUCCACUCUCGCCAACAUGCAGAAGAGGCUCAUCCAUGUGCUCCUCUCCCGCGCACAGGAUGAUUCUCCCGGAAAGAUGAAUAAUGCCCUCACGUCUUCCCACCUCAACGCCCUGAAGGCUUUGCAGCGUCUCAUGCAGGAAGCAUCCGAGAGACCCAGGAUGGGAUCCGUAAUUUCUCAACAGGAGCCUCGGGACCCCGCCCUCGCCUUUCCAGCCGACUCAACCGUCCCUUCAAGCGAUGGUUUGGGCGUCGCAGCCACGGAUCCCGCUUUUGACUUCCUGCAGUCCGAUCUCUCCCCGAUGGCUUUCCUGGAUUCGAUAAUCUGGGACAGGUCUCUUUCAGAAGACGACACAGCAUUCCUCGGAUUCGAGUUUGGAGACUGA